AGCUCUCCUCCUCUCGUCUCCUCUCCUCUCCUCUCCCUCCCCGCUCCGCUCGCUCCUCCGCUUCGCCGCCGCCGCGCCACCCGCCAUGAGUCGACAGUGCUACACGUCCAGCUCCCUGCUCGGCCGCCGCGGCUUCUCCUCGGCGUCCGCCGUGUGCGGGCUGGGCAGGGCCGGCAGCAGCUCGGCCUCGGUGUGCCAGCCCGUGGGCCGGCGCUGCGGCAUUGGCGGCUUCAGCAGCCGCAGCGUCUGCGACCUGGGCCGGGGCCAGCGGAUUUCCUUCGGCGGGAGCUGCCGCAGCGGGGUCAGCGUCUACGGCGGAGCCGGCGUGGGACGUUGCGGCGUCACUUAUGGCGGUGGCCGCUUUGGCGUGGGCACGGUCGUGGGCUUUGGUAACUGCGGAAGCUACGGGGGCCUGGGCAGCUACAGAGGUCUCGGGGACGGCGUGGCCAUCGGAGGCUACGGCGGCGGCAUCGGCGGUGGCAUCGGCAGCGGCAUCAGCGUUGGCGGAGGGCGGUCGGAAGGGAUUCGGGGGGUCAGCAUCCACCCUGAGCUCCUGAAGCCCCUGUGCGUGGGGGUGGACCCCGAGGAGUGCCAAGUGCGGACCCACGAGAAGGAGCAGAUCAAGAACCUCAACAACCAGUUCGCCUGCUUCAUCGACAAGGUGCGGCUGCUGGAGCAGCAGAACAAGGUGCUGACCACCAAGUGGGAGCUGCUGCAGCAGUACGUGCUGCCGGCCUCCCGGCGGAACCUGGAGCCCGUGUUCGAGAACUUCAUCUGCAACCUGCGCAAGCAGCUGGAGUGUGUGCUGGGCGAGCGCGAGAGGCUGGAGAACGAGGAGCGCUGCCUCCGCGACCUGGUGCAGGAGUUCAAGUGCAAGUACGAAGAUGAGAUCAACAAGCGCACGGCUGCGGAGAAUGAGUUCGUGGUGCUCAAGAAGGACGUGGACUGUCUGUACCUGACCAAGGAGGAGCUGGAGGUUCGCGUGGGGCUCCUGCGGCAGCAGCUCGAGUUCCUCAAGUGCAUCUACGCUGAGGAGAGAGCGCAGCUGGAUUGCCAGCUGUGCGACACCUCGGUCAUCGUGCAAAUGGACAACAGCCGCGACCUGGACAUGGAGGGCAUCAUCAAGAGCGUCGAGUGCUGCUACGAGGAGAUCGCCCAGAAGAGCAAGGCUGAAGUGGAGGCUUUCUACCAAACCAGGCUGGAGGAGCUCCACAGCAGCCGGGGCAAGUUCUGCGACGACCUGAGGAACAACCAGAGCGAGAUAGCCGAGCUGAACAGGAUGAUCCAGAAGCUGCAGUGCGAGUCGGACAAUGUGAAGAAGCAGAUCGCGGCUCUGCAGACGGCCAUCUGCGACGCGGAGCAGCGCGGCGACUGCGCCCUCAAGGACGCCCGGCAGAAGCUGAUCGACCUGCAGACCGCGCUGCAGCAGGCCAAGGACAAGAUGGCCUGUCUGCUGCGCGACUACCAGGAGCUGCUCAACGUCAAGCUGGCCCUGGACAUCGAGAUCGCCACGUACCGCACGCUGCUGGAAGGAGAGGAGAGCAGGAUAUGUACUGGCAACCCCGUGAGCGUAGCCGUGGUGAGCGGCGGCGGCACCGUCGGCGAGUGCCGAUCCCUGUCCGGACUGGGUGGCAAAUGCACCAUCAAGACCGGGGCGGCCGGCGCGGGUUUGGGGGUGGUCUCCUCCUUCGGCGGCACCGGCUUUAGCACCCGCAGCGUGGAUUGCCUCCCCAGGGUGGGCGCCGGCUUCGGGGCGAGGAGCGCGGUGAGCUGCGUGGGCCGGGAGGUGAUUUCGGGCGCCGAGGGGGUGCAGUGCGCGCCGGGGGUGGCCACGCUGGGCAACGUGGUGUGUGCCGGCGUGGAGCAGUGCAGCCCGGGGACCGUCAUCAUCCCCGGCGCCGGGGUGUGCGGCACGGGCAGCAGGUUCGGCACAGCCGUGCGCGUGGUCAGAACAACCCGGUAGAGCCGGGGGGCGGCGACGCGUCCCCUUUGAAAACAAUCAGCAUUUCUGCAAUAAGAAAAACCAGUAUUCCCCUUCCUUCUGAGAGCUCUAGGGAUCACACAACCAUGCGCCGCCCGUGCCCACGCGAUUCGGCUGCUCGCUCUGCCGAAAACUCUUUGCAUGACCAAAACCCACCUUCUCCCGCACGUCCCUUUUGGGGGGACCCACCCCGCGCUCUGAGCAGGCGAGAUUCCCAUCUCGGACAGUCCGGACCUGCCUCCACCCCCCUCGCUGCCACCCCGCUCCGCUCCGCCUGGCCCCGGCCAGCCGGGGUUCGCCCUCCCUAGCGCAGCUAUUGCUAAAGGAUGAAUGUUUGGUCAUCCCGACUUCAGAAAGAGAAACCACACUUUAAUUGUCUGGGACGGAGCUGCAGCUAUUAUUUAACUUCUUUAAUGACACCAGAAAAUCCAAUUUUUCCUGUUUACGAGAGGGUUGGUAAUGCUCAUGUAAAUUGGCCCAAGUUGCUACACAAGGUUUGGUAGAGCAGAUUUUAAUUACACACCGACGAGCACCUUAUAUUUCUGUAGUUAAAUGCAUGCGUUGUUUUUCCUGUGUGUGUACCAGAUAGACGGAUUUAACGCUUCUAAUGUGUAAGUGAACAGAGUCGAUUACGCUUCGCUUACUCCAGACUUGCAGCUGUGCCUUCAAUAAACUACAUGCAUAAUUCA